GAUUUUGCUCACUCUGUGCGACGCAAUUUCAUUGGCAUCAUGGUCGGUGCCGUCCAGGGGUCCGCAGUGCGGUAAAUUUCCUCCAAUCCGCGCAUCUAGGAGCUGGUCGUCCCCAAGACUCGCAGUCCCGGCAAAAUUGCGCUGCACACGACCCUCCAAUCGUCAACCAUCCGUCCCUUUCGAGGGUGGACAAGCGUCUCUUUCCGCGUCUCGAUCGCCAGCCCGUUGCCACUUCUCCUCUCGCCUUUCAUCGCGUGGCAUCGCGUGCUGCCACGUGUCAGCGCGCGCGAUGGAGCCGCUGAAGCAGAAGGGCAACGAGGCGUUCAAGAAGGGGCAGUUCUCCGCAGCGGCGCUGGCCUACAAGCGCGCGCUGGAAGCCGCGGCGGAGAGCGGCGAGGCGCCGCGCGAGACGGCGUCGGUGCACAGCAACCUGUCGUGCUCGCUGCUCAAGCUCGGGCACAAGGAGGAGGCCCUGGAGGCGGCGCAGCAGUGCACGGAGCUGCGGGCCGAGUGGAACAAGGGUUGGUUCCGAAAGGGCGAGGCGCUGUUUGCCUUGCAGCGGUACGACGAGGCGGAGGAGGCGUACCGACAGGCACUGGAACUGGCGCCUGACGACGCCACAGUGAAGCAGUGUCUGCUGCUGGCUCUGGAGGCACAACAGGGCUUCCUGCUGCGCCAGCUAUUCGCAGGGCGAGAGUUCUGUGUGGGGCGAGGCCGCUCCGUGAUAGAGGCUCAGAUAUUCCGCAGUGCGCAGCAGAUGCGCAACUUCAUCUAUUUCAUCGGCGAUGCCAAGUCCAGGGAGGCGCUUGUGGUGGACGGCGCGUGGGACGUGGAGGGUAUUUUACGAUACGCAGAGACUGAGAGAGUGAAGCUGGUGGGUGCCGUGGUGACGCACUACCACUUUGACCACACGGGCGGCAUGCCUCCUCCUCCGUUUGACUCGCUGGGCAUCAAGGUGCCGGGGAUCAAGGAGCUCGCCACAAAUCACAACCUCAAGGUGUAUGCGAACCAGCAUGAUGCCGCUCUGCUGCGAUCCAAGAAUGGCGUUCCAAGCGAUGCCAUUGUGGAGCUUGAGGAUGGAGCGUCCAUAGAGGUGGGGGAGGUGUCGCUGAGGUUCAUCCACACACCCGGUCACACGCCAGGCUCCCAGUGCAUACACAUCCAACGAGCGCCAGGCCACGAUGACGGGGUGCUGAUAUCCGGCGACACGCUCUUCAUUGGCAGCUGCGGGCGUCUGGACCUGCCGGACUGCAGCCGCGAGGCCAUGUACGACAGCCUGCAGAAGCUCGCCGUGCUGCCGCCCGACACCAGGGUGUAUCCGGGGCAUGACUACGGGGGUGCGUUCACGAGCAUCGGCAAGGAGAAGGCGUCUGGCUUCCUGCGCCCCAUGUCCAAGGAGCAGUGGCUGGCCACGGGGGGAAAGCGAUGAUGGACCACACAGUAAGGGGGGGCUCAUGAGUUACGACUGGUGACAGUUUGGGCAAAAAGGUUUCGAGGAUGCAGCAGCCGCGCACCCGGCCAGUUCACGCCGCGGUCCGCGCACGGCGAGUUAUGUUAUUCCUGUAGGUGGGACUCGCCAUUUUAAGCCUGCAAAAGACACGAGUGCGGAUGAGCGUGUCUGCUGCAGAAACCCCAAACCCUGAGUGCUGCAGGGAGGCAGGUGGCUGGAGCAGGGUCUGAGGCGGGGGCUCUUGCACCAGGUGGUGCUGCGUCAGGUGGCACGCAGGGAGCACCUGUUUAGGGCUUACAUGGAGCUGCCUGCGGUGAUGUGAAGCCGUGAUGUGAAGGGGGGAAGGCGGGCAGCCGAGAUGCAUGGUGGGCCACUGGCAACACCGCAAGGGACAUGACACUGCAUACCAUUGACAGCUGCUGCUCAUGGUGGGCAAAAUGAACUAAAAGAUCUGGAUGCAGUCCUUGGUCCUCAGUUUUGUUCUUGGCAAAUGAGGGCCCUUAUUGUCCACCUUUCAAUAGCCCGUAGCUUUCACUGUACUUAUCAAUUACACAAGAAAUCUAC